AUGGCGGAUGUCGAAAAGAAAAUAUGUGAAAAAUUCAAUUUGAAUAAUCUUACCGAAAACCAAAAGCUUGCAAUAUCCAGUUUGAGAGAAAAUCGUGAUAUAUUUAUUGGAACGAAGACAGGGAGUGGCAAAUUAUUGACUUAUCAAUGUGUUCCAAUUGUGUACGGCGAAAAUUCUGUAACUGUAAUAAUCGCCCCCUUGAUCAGCAUCAUGAAGGAGCAAGUUGAAAGUCUCUCCAGCUUGGGAUAUAGGGCAGUGUAUAUAGAAGGGUCAACUGACGUAGAGAGAGUGGCAAGCGGUUACUAUAAUUUGUUUUUGGAAGCCCUGAGGUCCUGGUUGGAGAAACAAAGUGGAGGGAUGCACUUAAGAACCCAGAGUUCAAGAAAAGACAUCGCUUGA